GGCGGGCCUCGCUGUGCCUGGGUCCUAGCGCCGACCGCGUUCUCGGCGGCUGAGCCGGCCGGAAGUCACGUGGCGCCCUGGCCACGCCAGGGAUUGGCUGAGCUGGGUUAGCCGAGGCCGUGAUUGCUGCAGUGUCUGGCAGGUCUGCAGUCUCCGAUGAGACUCCUGUCCUGUGCUUCCCUCUGAAGAGGAGGAGGAGGAAGAGGAGGAGGAGGAGAAGGCCUGCUCUCUCUGGGACCCAGUGACCACAUCCCAUCAGGAACCCUGAGUGUCUACGGCACAUUUCGUCAGCAUGGAGUUCUGAGGUCCAUGUGGCUCCUUGCUGCGCACCAGGUGCUCGGGAAAAUGCAGAGACGCCACAGUAGCAACACAGACAGUGUCCCGCUUGAAAGAAGUCGCAACCAGGCUCUCAGCCCCGAGGCCAGCGUGGAUGAGGGUGGUGUAUUUGAGAGCCUGAAGGCAGAGACGGCCUCCCCUCCUGCGCUCUUCUCAGGCCUGGCAGGUGGCCUGCCUGCCAGCCCCUUCCCGGCAGGCCUGGUGCUGGGCUCCACAGCGGGUGGCGGGGAUGUCUUCAUCCCCAUGCCAGCCACCAGGGAUGAGGCCGGUGGCCGCAGCACCGAAGGAAGCACCUACCACCACCGCCAGGCCCACCACCACUUCCACCAUGGUGCCCACCGCGGGGGCUCCCUGCUGCAGCACGUGGGUGGGGACCACCGUGGGCACUCGGAGGAAGGGGUCGACGAGCAGCCCGGAACUCCAGCACCCGCUCUGUCUGAGCUGAAGGCUGUGAUCUGCUGGCUUCAGAAAGGACUGCCCUUUAUCCUCAUUCUGCUGGCCAAACUGUGCUUCCAGCACAAACUGGGCAUUGCUGUGUGCAUCGGGAUGGCCAGCACCUUCGCCUACGCCAACUCCACCCUUCGGGAGCAAGUGUCCUUGAAGGAGAAGAGGUCGGUUCUGGUCAUCUUGUGGAUUCUGGCCUUCCUGGCAGGGAACACCCUGUACGUCCUCUACACCUUCAGCUCCCAGCAGCUCUACAGCAGCCUCAUAUUCCUGAAGCCCAACCUGGAGACACUGGACUUCUUUGACCUGUUGUGGAUCGUGGGCAUCGCCGACUUUGUGCUGAAGUACAUCACCAUCGCCCUCAAGUGCCUCAUCGUGGCCCUGCCCAAGAUCAUCCUGGCCGUCAAGUCCAAGGGGAAGUUUUAUCUGGUCAUCGAGGAGCUGAGCCAGCUGUUCAGGUCCCUUGUCCCCAUCCAGCUGUGGUACAAGUACAUCAUGGGGGACGACUCCUCCAACAGCUACUUCCUGGGAGGGGUCCUGAUCGUCCUCUACAGUCUCUGCAAGUCUUUCGACAUCUGCGGUCGCGUGGGCGGACUCAGGAAAGCCCUGAAGCUCCUUUGCAGCUCCCAGAAUUACGGGGUCCGAGCCACAGGGCAGCAGUGCACGGAGGCUGGCGCCGUCUGCGCCAUCUGCCAAGCUGAGUUCCGAGACCCCAUGAUUCUCCUGUGCCAGCACGUGUUCUGUGAGGAGUGCCUCUGCCUCUGGCUGGACAGGGAGCGCACCUGCCCGCUCUGCCGCUCGGUUGCCGUGGAUACCCUGCGAUGCUGGAAGGACGGGGCCACGUCUGCACACUUGCAGGUGUACUGAGCUAAACACGAGUGUCUGGGGAGCCCAGCCCGGAGGAUGCCUGGGAAACAGCCUCCAGGACUUUCUCCUGCCUCCCACCACCUCUACCUGAUGGCCCCAGGGUCUCCACACCAACACUUCUUCAGCGCCCUGGUACACUGUGUGCGUCCUACCCCACCAGAAAGGGGAGCCCUCCUCACUCAAACUUGGCUCCCCCACAGGUAGGUGAUCCGUCCCCUCUAAGUGGAGGAGUUACCCAUACACGAUCUCCCCUCAUUUAACCUGCUUCCAGCCGCUGGUACUCAAUGCUACGAACUGGUACGAGCUGAGAGAGUACAGUCUGACCCAGGUCUGCAUACAAGAGCCGCUGGGAGAGCGUCCAACAUGUGAGGGCCAGGCUUCACCCACCUAGCUGACCUUCAAAACAGCAGGAUGCACCAGGCAUCCUGCUCAUGUCACCUCCUGGCAUCUCCACAUCAGCCCUGGGGUGGGGGCACUCUCUCUCACACACACACCACUGGCAGGUGAGAAGCCUGGUGUGGCCGUCCAGCUAGCAGGGGCGUUUCCAGUGCUGCCUGGGGCCAUUGCUGCAAGUGCCCCUCACUGGCUGAGCAUCUGUGGCCUGGACAUACUGAGACAGACAUCAGAGACAGACGGCUCUGAGCACGCAGGCAGCAAGGUCAAAUGGCAGGAGCCAUGGAAAGACCGCCCCUUUGUGAUUCAUUUUCUCCCGGGCUCCGCUUGGGACAGUCAGUCUCAGAAGGGUCAGCUCUGGUCCAGAGUGCCUGCCACCUGCCUUCUGUCCUCCUUCUGUCCUUUUUCUCUCCUGCAUUGUCCUUCGCUGACAGCUCAGGUCUGUGCAGAGCUGUGGACAUGGCUACCUCCCCCUGGGAGGCUUCAAUCCAUGUCAUAAGUGGCACACAGCUCUGGAGCGAUCCGUGUUCCCCCCUCCCUCUCUCUGGUGAGGUAAUUAGCUCAGAGAAACAACAGUCCUUCCAGAGUCUCUGAAAAGACUGCUUUAUAUCUUUAACUGAACGCCCGAGCAAGCAGGACCGCCAGGAACGCUGGGGAGCGGCUCGCAGGUGCGCUUUCACAUCCUUCGGUCUCUAGGACACAGCCGCUCCUCCCCCUGGGAAACUCUCUGAUUGGAAAUAGCACAGGUGACCACACAGAAGCCUCUGGAACUCUGCCUGCCUCCACCAGCUCCCAGCUCGGUUCUCUCACAGCCCGCAUCCGCACAACAGGCUGGCCCAAGCCACUUUUGAGAUUAGCUAGCACCGAGGAGGCUAGGGGAGCGAGAAGGGAGCCUCUGUAGAUUCAGGGUGCUCUCUCCUCCCCUUUGUAGAUUCAGGACCCAUGCCCUGGGCACCCCUGCUGGGACUUCUUCCUCCGCUUGGUCUCCCUGGCACUUUCCUGGUACCAGUAACACACUCACCCUUUCCGGGGGACCAGGGCACCUUUCAAGCUCUGUUACUAUGGCAAUGGCCAUGAUGUUGAGCAAUCCCACUGCCUGGAUGUCCUAAGAGGAAAGGGAGGAUGGGCCCUUCUGUCCUCUCUGGUUUGAGGGGGUACCCAGGAGAGCGGUGGGACCGCCCUGCAACUUGUUUUUAUCAGAGAGAUCGCUUUGCCUGAGAAGCUGUCAGCAUUGUGGAGGGGUGGGAGCUGAGGGAGGUGCAUGGAAGCGGCGGAGGGUGGGAUGGAUCAGAGGCAGCCACUGGGAGUCGGGCUUGGAAACCUGACUCUAAACUUUGUGAUGUCCCUAUACCCUGUACACACACACACACACACACACACACACACACACACACACACACCCUCCAUGGAGCUACAAAACCUAGCGUGUUCCUUGCUUGGACCGAGAAAACUAACAACAGGACUGAAAAUGUAGCUCAGGCGGUAGAGCGCUUAUCUGGCGUGCAGGAAGCCCUGAGUUCCGUGGCCAGCACCACAUGAACUAGGCAUGGCAGUGCACACCAGUAUUGGCAGCGCUGGGUGGGCGAGGCAGGAGGAUCAGAAGGACCAGAUCAUUCCUUGGCCACACAGCAAGUUCCAGGGUAGCCUGGGCUCCGUGAGACUCUGUUUUAAAAGGGAGAACAGGUGAAUGAACGGUGACUGGAGAGUGUGCCAAGGGUUUUACACACCCCCUCCAUUACUUCUCUGACAUCUUGUAAAUAUAAACCAUAUCCCAGCCACACAUGGAGCAUCCCCUGGGAGAGUGAGAUGCUCUUCAGUUCCCAUCCUUCCAGGGAACACCCCGGCUGACCAGUGGGGUUCAUCCAGGUUAGAGGGCUCAGGCAGUUUCCCAGACAGCAGGCUGUGGGGAAGUGUCCCCUGCAGUGGCGUGUCAGUCCUUCGCCUUGAGCAGGUCAGUGGAGCAUCAGGGGCCGGAUCUGGCUCCCGGUAUAUUGUGGGUCACAGACUCAAAUCCCUCUGAGUCCUCCAAGUCUUGUGUGUGAGAGACCCUGAGAAUAACAAGGUAGGGGAGGCUGGCGAGAGGGCAGAGGUUGAGAGUGCUUGGCUUGUGUCCUUAAGAGGACCCAGGACUCACACCAAGGGGCUCACAACUCCAGCUCCAGGGACACGCACAUCAUUUAAAACAGAAAUCUUCAAGAACCGUGUGGGAAGAAGUAAGGCCUGCUUUGGGCCUGAGCCUAACAGGCCCAGCGCCUUCCAAAGAGAACGGCACAGGUACAGAGCCUUGGGACCAUCCCCCCUGCUGAAGCGGAAGUGGGCAGCGGCCUGAGGUCCUCUGCUUUUGCUUUGGGACAUGUCUUUGGUGUCUUUGAGAACCUUCUACCAAUAAAC